CACAACUGUAAUUUCAAAACAGUCGAAUUUUCAGAAAAGUCUCCGCCACCGUCACGGCCACCGUCUCAGCCGUUGUUUCCAGCGUCUCGGAUGGAGAAAUCGAAUAUUUUCAGAGGCAGUUACCUCAAAGGAGCUUACCAUCCUUCCUUCUCCUCUUCUUCUUCUCGCGCCGAUGUCAAUUACAGCUGUGGUUCUUGUGGGUAUGAGCUAAACCUAAGUUCCAGCAACCGGAACACUUCUACGAUUGGCUCUAAUAAGUAUGGAAAAUCUAUAAAGCGAGGGAUCAUAUCAUUCUUUAACAUCGAUGAGAGCAGAUUUACUCAGGUUGAUGAACUUAAAUGUAAACCCCAUUUCUCUAAGCGUUCUUGGGGUUUGUUCAGCCGAAGAACUAAACUUCUUUGUCGCAAGUGUGGUAACCAUAUAGGAAAUGCUUAUGAUGAGUACACUUCAUCGUCUUACCCGCUUGUGUUAGAUGAAUCAGAUUCAUCCGCAGGUCAGGAAGUUACCAAAUGCAGAAAAUUUGAUGUUAGAAUUCGCGCUUUGCAACCUUCAAAUUCUGAAGAAUUUGGCCCUUCAAUUUUGGAAUGAAAUUACUGAGCAAGCAUUCUCGCAUGAGGUUAUACUCUGUACAGAUUGUAUCUUUGUUGUGUUUUACCCCUUUUAUUAGAAUGUUACUUGUGGUGUGGAAUUUUUGAAGUGCUUUGAAUGAUUGAGGAAAGUUUGUUACAAGUUUAGAACAUAGCAUUGCUAGUUUCUUCAAUUUGUUGGAGUUAUAUGUAUAAUGUACUGCUCAUGACUCUUUUCCGUCA